UCCCUCAGCGGCGCCCCGCCCCCACGGCGUCUUGCCCCGCCUCCUGCAGGCGGCCCAGCGCGGUGUUUACCCGCGGUGCAUGGUGGGGCGGUCUCCUUCGGCAACCCCGGCCGAACGGCCACCCAGAGGCUGUGCUGAGCUGGCGCAGCGGCAGCAGCAUGAGCCGGACCCUCGCAUCGGCCGUGCCCCUGUCGAGUCCCGACUACUACGAGAGGCUGGGCCAACUCCAGCACGGGCUGCGGGACAGUGAAAAGAAGAGAUUGGACCUGGAAAAGAAACUUUAUGAAUAUAAUCAGUCUGAUACAUGCAGAGUUAAGCUGAAAUAUGUAAAACUAAAGAAUUAUCUGAAGGAAAUAUGUGAAUCUGAAAAGAAGGCUCAUACUCGAAACCAAGAAUAUUUAAAGCGAUUUGAGCGUGUCCAAGCUCAUGUUGUACACUUCACCACAAAUACAGAGAAGCUUCAAAAACUGAAGCUUGAAUAUGAGACUCAAAUUAAGAAGAUGCUACGCUCAAAAGAUAGCCUGGGACUAAAAGAGGAACUGACAGAUGAAGACAGAGAAAAGGUUGCAGUGCAGGAGGGGAUUAACUCAGGAACAGCCAUGUCAAGAGGAUUGUAUCAACCAGCAACAAUCUUUAUGGGCCGCCAAAUGUCAGCCGUCUCAAGCAUGGGAGAUUUCAGUACAGAGCACAAAUCUCCCCAGCCCACAAAGAACUUUUCAAUUCCUGACCCACAUUCACACCGACAGACAGCCCAGAGCAGUAAUGUGACAGACAGCUGUGUAGUACAAACUAGUAAUGACACACAGUGCUUAAGUAAGUCUGACAACAUAGAUGGAAAGGCAUCUCUUCAGAUUGGUGAGAAAACGCCAGUCACAGCCAGUGUAUUGUCUGAGGAGGAACAAACUCAUUGCUUGGAGAUAGGAAGUAACACACGUCAUGGCAAGAGUAAUUUAUCUGAAGGCAAAAAGUCUGCUGAACUCAAUUCCCCGUUACGGGAAAGAUUAAGUCCAGAGAACAGAACCACUGAUUUAAAGUGUGACAGUUCCAGCAGAUCAGAGGGAUCAGAGGGAGAAAUACUGACACGAGAACAUAUUGAAGUUGAGGAAAAAAGAGCCAGCCCGCCAGUCUCUCCGAUAUCAGUUUCAGAAUACUGUGAAUCUGAAAAUAAGUGGUCUCAAGAGAAGCAUUCUCCUUGGGAAGGUGUUUCAGAUCAUCUUGCUCACGGGGAACCAAAGUCACAAAAGCCCUUCAGAAAAAUGCAGGAAGAGGAGGAGGAAAGUUGGAGCACCAGCAGUGACCUUACCAUUUCAAUAAGUGAAGAUGAUCUGAUUUUAGAGAGCCCAGAACCACAGCCAAAUCCAGGUGGCAAGAUGGAGGGAGAAGAUGGAAUAGAGGCCUUAAAAUUAAUCCAUGCUGAGCAAGAAAGAGUUGCCCUAUCCACUGAAAAAAAUUGUAUUUUGCAAACCCUAAGCUCUCCUGAUUCAGAAAAGGAAUCCUCCACUAACGCACCGACAAGAGAACCUGGACAAGCACCAGACUCAGACGUACCGAGGGCACAGGCAACAGCAUUAUUGAGAAAAGCCCUUACAGAAGAGUGUGGCCAUAGGUCAGCUAUUCACAGUAGUGAAUCAUCUUGCAGCUUGCCAUCUAUUCUGAAUGACAAUAGUGGAAUAAAGGAAGCCAAACCUGCUGUAUGGCUCAACAGUGUUCCUACAAGGGAACAAGAAGUUUCAAGUGGCUGUGGAGACAAGAGCAAGAAAGAAAACGUGGCUGCAGCUAUCCCAAUCACAGAAACAGAAGCCUAUCAGUUGCUGAAGAAGGCCACCCUUCAGGAUAAUACAAAUCAAACUGAAAACAGGUUUCAAAAGACAGAUGCUUCUGUGUCACACUUGUCAGGUUUGAAUAUUGGCAGCGGUGCAUUCGAGACAAAGACAGCUAACAAAAUUGCUUCGGAAGCUAGUUUUUCAUCUAGUGAAGGAAGUCCUUUGUCAAGGCAUGAAAACAAAAAGAAACCCGUGAUCAAUUUAAAAUCUAAUGCCCUCUGGGAUGAGUCUGACGACAGUAACUCAGAAAUUGAGGCUGCUUUACGCCCUAGAAACCAUAACACCGAUGAUUCUGAUGAUUUUUAUGACUAACGUGCUGUGACAUCGGUUUCAAAUAAAGUCUUUAAACAAACUGAAA